AUGGCCUCCAAAAUCGAAAAGACGCUUGCGCGACAAAGAGAAAAAAUCGCAGAGGGUCAGUACUACGAAGCCCACCAACAACUCCGCGUGAUCGCCUCGCGCUACACAAAAGCCAGCGACUGGCCCAACGCAACCUCGAUCCUCUUCCAAGGCGCACAAUCGCUGCUACAAGCUGGCCAGGGCGGCUCCGGCGGCGACCUCUGCAUCUUCCUACUAGACGUGUACAAUAAAGGGGAAAUCAAAGUAGAUGCCGAAAGCAAAGGGCGGCUGUUAACACUUCUGCGGACGUUCCCCAAGGAUGAGCCUACCAAGAAGAAGUUUGUGGGCGAGAUGAUAGUAUGGAGUUCGCGGUUUGGAGACUUCCCUGCAGGCGACCCGGAGUUACAUCAUGUUGCGGGGGGGUUGUACGCUGAGGAACUCGAACCCUACGAGGCAGAACGCCACCUUCUCCUCGGCACCCAAGAUAGCGCUGCAACCCUCGCUUCCCUACACUACAACUGGUACACAUCAGACGCGCCGCACACAGCGCCCCUCUACUGUGCCCGUGGCGUCCUGCCCUACCUCCUCACCGGCAACCUCCGAGCCGCAAACAAAUUCUUCCUCCUCUUCACCUCUGCCGUCGAGAAAACACCAAAUCCACCCACACAAGCCGUUUCCACAAAGUCGUCUGAAUUCCGCGUAUACCCCUCGCUGCCAUUAUUGAAUUUCCUCGGAUUGCUCCUUCUGAGUGUGGAAAGGGGAGAUCCCAGUCUGUGGCGUCAGCUAAAGAGCCAUUAUGCGGGCGAUUUGAAAGACGUGAACUGGAAUGAGGCGUUGGAUCAGAUUGGCGAAAUGUACUUUGGAAUCAAGAUCCCCCGACAGGGCAAUCCCAUGUUCGAUAUGCUUGGGAGCAUGUUUGGAGGCGGCAUGGGAGGCGGGAAUGGAGGAGCGAAGAAGGCGGUUGGAGGAAGGGCCCCACCAACCGCAGGAUUGGAUUGA